CCCAACAUUAUAACAACAAGAAGAAGAAGCAUGCUACUGACGAUUUUCUGAGUGGGGUCGGUCAUGCAUGCCGAGGACGGAGACAAGUAAGACCUGGAUAGAUGUAUUGUAUAGUCAUCAUGGAGAAAUUGAAAGAUUUCCUCAGACAGAGAGGGCUGAAGGAAGACAUAAUCCAGAAAAUGGUUGAAGAUAAGGUUGAUGUGGAAAUAAUCCCAUUGCUUGAUGAUAAGAAACUUGCCGAGUACAUCCCAGCAUAUGGAGACCGGGUAGCAGUGGUAACAUUUUGCAAGUGUGAAUCAGGGCCAUCAUGCUCUACUAGUUCACCAAAAGCAGCAAAGCCAUCAAUGGUAGACAACAGAUUAAAAAUUAAGAUCAAGAAAUCUCAGAAGAAAAAUAUUGGUAACAGGAAUGCAGAAAAAGAGGAAAGGAGGGUGGAGAUAGGGUGGAAAGACUUUGAUGUGGCCAGUAUGGAGUACAAGCAGAUUCGAACAUCUAAGGGUGGCAGAACGAGGCAUCUAAAGUUGGGGAAAAAUGCAACAGCCGUUGGAAGAAUCCUUGUGAAAGGAUUCAUAGACCACACAAUUUUCCCUCUUAGAAUGGCACCAGCUUUCGUCAUUGGCAUGUUAUUUGGUGAAGAUGCAGUCCUGCCUGACACUUUGAUGGAGUCUUUCAAGCUUUACCUAAAUGAUGGAGAUCGAGCUUGUGUUCAGUCUGCACUGUCUGAAAACACAACAGAGGAAGAGCAUGAAGCACUCGUUGACCUCCUUGACCGAGAAGGUGGGCAUACCAUACCAAAAGAAGGGAAAUCAUUAGCACUUAUGUUCCAGUUGGCGCACAAGGUCAUCAUCCAGAACGGGAGCUAUGCGAUGCAGUGUAUGAGGGAAGUUGUGACUCCUCAGUUGUUAAGCAAUCUUCCAACCCCCUCGUUAGUUCUCAGCAUAUACCAAGAGCUCCAACCUACAACAAAGAAAGUCUGAGAGCUUUUCAGCUAUUCCAUCCAACCAGGAAGAGUCAAACUCGGUGCGUCUCCUCAUGCAGUACAUUAAGGGGCAAGACAAGAAAGGAUUGAAAAAAUUAAUGCAUUUUCUGACAGGAUCUGAAGUGAUGAGCGUUUCCAAAAUAAUGGUUCAAUUCACGUCUCUAGAAGGUGCAGGCAGGCGACCAGUGGCACAUACAUGUGGGCCUACUCUUGAACUUCCAAGUACCUAUGGAAGUUACCGGGAAUUUCGCCAAGAGUGGGAUUGUGUAUUAGCAUCAGGAUAUAUGAACUUUGAUUUUGGUUAAUGGCUACUGGUUACUCGUACAUUUCCUACAGGGUACUGCACAGCUUCAAGUUUAAUCUUGAAUUUUGUUGCUUUAUAUCUUAAAUUAAUGCGGGAAACUGUCAAAUAUCGGUGUAUUGGCUUUGAGAAACAUGAAGGCUUACCCAAGUUCAAAGUUGACUUCCCGUACGCAGCAUACAUCAUUAAUUAAAUAUGCAGCAUAAACAUAACAUGACUACAUUUUGCAGAAAACCCUUUAUUUUUGUCCUUUAUUAAACUUCCUCAGAACAACUCAUUGCUUUAUGAAGAUGAAAGUAGGCUGUCUUCUCUAAUUGUUUACAUUUAUUAAUUAGCUUGAAAUUUGUAGGUGUGAGACAUAUGGCAGUGAUAGCAAUUGUGCAUAUUUGCAAAGGUUUAGUAUUAAACAUCUUCAUGCUUCAGAUAUGUUGUUGAAACACCAAAAAAUUAUAUUGAAUGAAUUAAUAUGCAGAAAUCAAUCUGGUAUUUAUACAUACAAUGUAGUGUAUCACAAAAGUGUACUCUCAGAAAAUGGCUUCCCAAGUAACUUUGGUACCAAAUGUAUAAACGUAUUUCACCAUUUCAGAUAAAUUUGGGUGUGCGUGAUUCAGUGAUGAUCUCAUUUUGCCAUUACAUUCACUCUUUGGUGGGCAUAGACGAUUUUUGUGAAAGGUGAACAAAUCUUCUGUGUCACUUUUGGAAAAUAUGUUUACUAACAUUACCAUAGAGACAACCACUUCCCGCUGCAUUUUUUUUUCUUGCUCCGAAUAUGCUUUGAUUGGAUGAAUAUAGAUGUAUGUACAUUAUUCAAUUUUCCUUUUAAUAAUGAGCUCAAAUUUAUCAAAAUGGUAUUUGACAUCAGAAAGAGACAAAAUUGAAAAGUAAUCCAAAGAAAGAAGUAAGUGCAGCAAUAAAGCCCCAAUUUAAAAUAGGUAGAUUUUAUGUCGAUUCACUCUUUAGUAAUCGAAAUGAGGUAUUCUACCCUAUAAUUAAAAUGAUCUGUUGUUAAAAUGUACAUGAUACAAGGCAUAUCAUGUUCAAAGCACUUAAAGAGAACCUUCAUUUUGAAUUAGAUUAAUGUAGGACCAAUUUGGUUCAUGAAGAGAGUUCAAGAGACUGUAGAAUAUCAAUGUUUUUGUACAAUGAUGGUGUUAAAUUCAAUGACUAUAAUAUGCCAAAUAUUUUGUACAUUUUGAUACACUUUGCACUUUGUUUUGAUAUUGGCUCUUCUUGUCAAGAUUUUCCCUUGUUUUCAUUGUAUAAAUGAGCUUUUUUUUAACAUGAUGUUUCUAUAGAAGAGAACCCAUCUUUUUUAAUUAACAAGUGAAUUUUGGUUCACUGUUUUGAGUUUAAAUCAUAUUAGACCCAGGAAUUCCACAAAGAAACACAGAACAGUCAUAAUAUGAUGUUAAAACCCAAGGGGGGGACUCAGAUUUGGUUCUGAUGGGAGUGUGUCGCUGAAGCCGCAAAACCCAACCCAUUUUUAAGGUUCAUUUUGGCGGAGAAGGGAACCCAUUAUUAGGGGUUUUAUUAAGAAUAAUUACCUUUUUGUGCAAUUUAUCGACGAAAUGGGCAAAAAUAUAUAUUUUUUUGGCCAAAAAGUCGCCCAUUAGAGCGUCACACUCCUGUGUAUACCUUACUAGGCGUGUACCCCCCCGCCCCCCCCCCCCGGUGUUCAAGGAUAUUGGAUUAAGUGGGUUUAUGAAGUGACAUGAAAAGAACAUUCAGGGUGGUGUGUUUUAAUGUUGGACCCAAGGAUAUACAUGUAUCGUGAAGAUCCAAGAGAACCUUCAUGCCAUGUUUUAUUCGGAUCAAAUGGGUUUAAUAUGGUGUUGUGUUCUAAUGUUAUUGGUCCAAAGCAUAUAAUGAAGAACCAAGAGAACCUUCAAUUCGUUUACUUUACGGUAUAUUAUUGGAAAAAGUUAGUUAAAGAAGAAUUGACCCGUUGAAGACGAGCUUAUUUUGCUAUAGCACACAUUUCCCGUAGAUCCCAGCCGGAUUAUAAUCAGGACUAGUCUUCAACGGGUUAUUAGGACUUUCAUUUUGUUGUGUUUUGACUAUCUACCAAUCUUGCAAAUAACCAUGAACAUGGUAGGUAGGCGUAGUGGCGUACUGCUUUGAGAACAGUUAUGGUGUUGUGUUUUAAUGUUGUUUGGUCAAGGCAUAUCAUAAAGUACCAAGAGAAUCCUUCAUGUUGUUAAUUUUAACUGGACCAAAUGACCAUAGUGAAAGAACGUUUAUGGCGUUUUUUGUGUUUUAUUGUUAUUGGUCCAAGGCAUAUUAUAAAAAACCAGAGAAUUUUCUUUUGUUUACUUAAAUAUGUUAUUGGAACAAGUUGGUUUAAGAAGAAUUAAUGAUACGACUUUCAUCUUGCUGUGUUUCACUAUCUACCAAUCUUGAAAAUAACCAUGUACAUUGUCCCACUUGCAGAUUCCAUUGAAUGUGUGUUUUUGGUAACAUACAUGUACUUGUAGGGCUCCACAGUCCACAAUAAAUUUGUUUGGUUCAGUGCCACAUUCCAUAUAGGGUCAAUAUAUGUUUUUGGGUUUAAACUUUGGGGCCUUAAUUUGAUGGUCACAAGUAACGCAUACCCACAGCUGCUGGCCCAUGCAGUGCCAUAAUGCUACUGAGUCCAUGAGUCCGAGUUGUAUGUAUAACACAUAUAACAUCAAAGGCAAGUCUGGAAGAUAAUCAAGUUGAUUUAAUUACAUGUAGUAAUAUGACAUGAACAGAACAAUUACAAUAUGUCCAAGGCGAACAAAGCAGUAAGAAAGUUUAGUAUGAAAAACUUCAAUAAAAUGCUUAAGAUGCCUACAGAGUGCCUAUGUAGUCCUUAUAGAUUUUGUACCGAGAUCUGUGUCAAUCUUUUUUUCUACUUUCAAUAAAAAGUUACAAGAAAUCAAUACUUGUCCAUCACUUUGGAAUGUAAACCUCCAUUGACUCAUUGCUGAAUUAUUUUAGUUCGACCUCGGUUAUCUGGUCGGGACCGGCCUUCAUCCAGAUAAUUGAUUUGGCCAUAUAUGAGAGACAAGUCCUAGACAACAUGUCUCUAUAUAGAGCAUAUCCUAUUACUUAAUUAAACUGGUAUAUGAACAAACUUAUACAU